GUCCAUAUGAUAUGCACUCUGAAAAAUAGAAACCAACAAAAAGCACCUAAAACAAAAAGUGCUUUCACAGAGUGGACAUGCCGAAACAGAGACGAGAAUUUUUGAUGAAUUUUACUUUUUUGAUGAAUUUUACUUUUAAAAUGCGCUUAAGUUAGACUGGAUAACAUUUUGGAAAGAUACUGUCUCCAAAGUGAAUGAACAAGCAACACUUCUUCACAACAACGAUAUAGAAUUAUGAAUAGUUCUCUUGAACUAAGCUCUAAUCUAUCAACCGGUGAUCCAACCGUUAAUUUCUUGCAGCAAGAUUGGGACAACAUUGCUGUUGUUGUCUUUUACAUCGUUAUCAGCAUCAGUUCUAUAGGGAUUCUGUGUAACAUUCUUGCAUUGGCUGUUUUCCUGAGAGAGAAAGAUCGUUCAUCACGGAUAUGUCUUCUAGGAUGGCUUGCAGUUGCCGACAUCUUGUUUCUAACCAUGCAAAUUACGUAUGUAAUGUGGGACACUCCCAAUGAUGGGGUAUCAAUGACGCUGGUGUCUGUUGUUUUUGUACCGACUUUGUUUCAAUGGACGCAGACAUUUGACUUUUGGAUGGUUGUCUUAGUUACUGUGGACAGAUACAUUUAUGUUAUCAAGCCUUUGAGGGCACCACAGAUACUCUCCGUCUUUAGAGCAAAAGUGCUUGUUGCCAUGGUUAUGGUCUCGUCCAUAUUGUUUAAUGUACCAUUGCUGUAUUUCGAGGCAUGUGGAUACGUUGUGUACGAUGUCGAAUGGACUGAUUCUGCAACGAUUGACAUUAUUAAACGCUUCUGCGGAAACAUCAGGAGUGAACAUAUGAUAAAUUACGCUAUGGUAUCAACGGUUGCUAUGGUAACUCCUGUGGCAAUCACCUUUACAUUGAACAUGUUUAUCAUUCGCUCAGUGAGGACCUCAAUUAGGAUUCACACGGGGGCCAUGUCAAGAAAUGAAAGACAUGAACUAUACUUUACACUACAGAUCAUAGCCAUUCUCUCCCUCUUUGUGCUUUGUGGCGUCAUCUACUCAAUAAUUCUUAUACUCAAUAUACAUAACACUAUGCACAAACAAGGGAUCACAUUCCUUGUAUUCACAUCAUCAAACUAUGCAAUCCAUAUCAUUUUAGCAUUUAAUUCGGCCUUAAACUUUUUAUUCUAUUGCUUCAUUGGACCAUUAUUCAGACAGAGCCUUCUAAAAAUGUUGAGGCAAAUGUUAGGUAGGCUAUCUAGUGGAAUUUGCCUCACCAAGUUAAGGUCGGUCACUGUUACAAUGGAAGAUCAUGAAACAUUUGUCUAAGGGCCAAACAUUAGAAUCUCAGUAAUCUGUCAUGGGGAGUCCCUUCCUCUUACAUUCUAGGUAGGCUAUAUACUAGUACAUAUAAAGAAUAUAAAGAGGGAGGGGGUGAUUUACUCCCCAUGUUAUUUGUCACCAUAAAAGGUCCAUUAAUGCAGCUUUAAAAUGAUAUAUAACUUAAAUUAGAAUAUUAUCUUAUAUUCCGAAGAAUUAAAGUUACAUUGAUGCGAUACUCUAAAAACACAAGUGCGUCACCUUUUUGCAGAGUUGAAAGAAGACCAUUUUUGACCCUGGAGUGGGCCAUUAAAAGUGAAAUGUCAAAUCUAAAGUCAGGUUUGAACUUCUGAGAAUUUGAAGAUGAUUUUGAAAAAAUGGUCGAUUUGAUGCAAG